AUGUCCCGCCUCCUCCGACCUGCCGCUCGCCUGGCCACCACGGCCGCCCGCGCCCCCGUCGUCCCCAGCGGCUCCGCCACGGCCGCUCUCGCCAAAUACACCCGCGCCGUCCACCGCCCUGUUUACUUCGGCGCAAACCACGCGAGAUCGUACGCCGACGGCACCGGUGUCAAGGAGUACACUGUCCGCGAGGCCCUUAACGAGGCCCUGGCCGAGGAGCUCGACCUCAACCCCAAGACCUUUAUCUUGGGUGAGGAGGUUGCCCAGUACAAUGGUGCCUACAAGGUUACCAAGGGUCUUCUCGACCGCUUCGGCGACAAGCGUGUCAUCGACACCCCCAUUACGGAGAGUGGCUUCUGCGGUCUCGCCGUCGGCGCUGCCCUCAGUGGCCUUCACCCUAUUUGCGAGUUCAUGACCUUCAACUUUGCCAUGCAGGCCAUCGACCAGAUCGUCAACUCCGCCGCCAAGACCCUCUACAUGUCCGGCGGUAUCCAGCCCUGCAACAUCACCUUCCGCGGCCCCAACGGCUUCGCUUCCGGUGUCGGCGCUCAGCACUCCCAGGAUUACUCUGCCUGGUACGGCUCCAUUCCCGGCCUCAAGGUCGUCUCGCCCUGGAGCGCCGAAGAUGCCAAGGGUCUACUCAAGGCUGCCAUUCGUGACCCCAACCCCGUCGUCGUUCUCGAGAACGAGCUGAUGUACGGUCAGACCUUCCCCAUGUCCGAGGCCGCACAGAAGGACGACUUUGUCAUUCCCUUUGGUAAGGCCAAGAUUGAGCGCUCCGGCAAGGACCUGACCAUUGUGACACUGUCCCGUUGCGUCGGCCAGGCCCUGACCGCCGCCGAGAAUCUCAAGAAGAACUACGGUGUCGAAGCUGAGGUCAUCAACCUGCGUUCCGUCAAGCCCCUCGAUGUCGAGACCAUUAUCAACUCGGUCAAGAAGACCCAUCGUCUCUUGUCGGUCGAGUCUGGCUUCCCCGCCUUUGGUGUCGGCUCCGAGAUUCUCGCCCUGACCAUGGAGUACGGUUUCGACUACCUCGAUGGCCCUGCCCAGCGUAUCACCGGCGCCGAGGUGCCCACUCCGUACGCCCAGAAGCUCGAGGAGAUGAGCUUCCCCAGCGAGAAGCUGAUUGAAGACUGGGCCGCCAAGAUGCUCAAGCUCUAA